UCUAUAGGCGGAGCUCUGAACAACCCUCUUUAAAGACAGGAGUCGCCACACUUACCCGACACUUCAGUUCCAGUAUCCUGCCCAGCAAAGAAGCAAUUAGCCAAAAUGAUGCCUGGAGGUUUAACUAAAGCCAAACCUGCCACUCCAGAAAUCCAGGAGAUUGCUGACGAGGUUAAACCACAGCUUGAAGAAAAAACAAAUGAGACUUACGAAGAAUUUGAAGCUGUAGAAUACAAAACUCAAGUGGUUGCUGGAAUAAAUUACUACAUUAAGGUGCGAGUAGGUCAUAAUACCUACAUUCACAUGAAAAUAUUCAAGCCACUUCCUCAACAACAGCAGUCUUUGACUCUUACUGGUUAUCAGACUGACAAAAGCAAGGAUGAUGAACUGACCGGCUUUUAGUGGCGUGUUACAAAAGUGGUCUGCUUCCUUCACUGGCUACUGAUUAAUGAUUCCUGUGAAUAAAUGCAACUACCAAUAAAAAAACAUUUUUAAAAUAAA